GCGAAGAGUUCGACAUAAUCCUUCGAUUUGACAGAUUUUCUAACCUAAAAAUCAUUUUUUAACGCUUAAUAACUUUGUUUUUUUUUUUUACCAUCGAGUGAUGUUUUCGUAUCUCUAAACCUUUUGUUUUUGCGUAAAAACAUAUCGAAUGAGCAUAAAAUUAAAAUCCGUGCUGUGCGAGAGACGACUCUAAAUAAAAACUUAUAAUAACGAUUAUAAUCGAAACAACUGAAGAACUGUGAAGCAGAAAUUCUGAAAGACAAUGAGUGAGAAACCUUCGUCCGAUUCCAUAUCCAAGGAAGAAUGGAUAACGAAGCUAGAGGAGAACUCUUCCAAUUGUCACGUGCAGAAAGCAGCAAUGAACAAUCUAAUAAUGAAUUACUUAAUGACAGAAGGGUUCAAAGAAGUAGCAGAGAAAUUCCAACAAGAGGCGGGAGUAGGUCCAACGGUGGAAUUGAGCUCGUUGGACGAUAGAAUUCGUAUUCGCGAUGCUAUAGAGAACGGUCGUAUUCAAGAGGCCACAGACUUGGUGAAUCAGCUGCAUCCCGAGCUGCUGGACAACGACAGAUAUCUCUACUUUCAUCUGCAGCAGCUGCAUCUUAUCGAACUGAUACGCACAGGUAGAAUUGAAGAGGCGCUUCAGUUUGCUCAGGAUCAGCUAAGUGAAGCUGGAGAAUCUGACGAUAAUAUAUUGUGCGAAUUAGAACGUACCUUGGCGUUGUUAGCUUUUGACGAGCCGCACAAGAGCCCAUUUAGCGAUCUCUUACAUCCGACACAUAGGCAAAAAAUUGCGAGCGAGUUAAAUGCUGCCAUAUUGAAAAUGGAGCACAGAGAAUUUACUUGUCCCCGUAUAAGUAAUCUAUUGAAAAUGAUACUAUGGGCUCAGGACGAAUUGGACAAGAAAAAAGUAAAAUAUCCCAAGAUGACUGAUUUGGGUAGUGCCACAAUCGAAGGUCCGAAAUAAUCGAACAUUUAGCAGUAAUUAGUGUAGUUUUUUUUCAGUUUUAUUUAUGAAGAUGAGUGAAUGAAGAUAGAAAAUUCUGAAUCACAAUUUUGUAAAUGGAUAUAUUGUUAUAGAAAAUUAAACUUAAAUAUCUUAAUUUGAUCAGCUCACAAUUUAGAAGAUAGAGUUAUUAAUAUAUAUUAAAUGUAAUGUGUAAUGUGACCAUAAUGAUACAUUGUUAUAAUAAUAUUGCUAUAACAAAUAAGAAUUAUUUUAUUGCAACAGGAAGAGAGAGUGUCUUCUCAUUCAUAAAUUCUGGAAUUUAAUAUGAAUUAUCCUAUAAUAAAUGCUAACAAAGAAACAUUUA